AUGUAUGCUCUCGUACGAAUAUUUUUAAUUAAAAUUGUCUUUGUAUAUAGCCAAUCGGACCAUUUUCCCGAUUGUGCAUCAGGACCACUUUCGAAAUUUCCAAUAUGUGAUCAAACAAUUCCAUCUCGAGAGCGUGCUGCCGAUUUAAUAAGUCGUAUGACUAUUGAUGAAAAAAUUUCGCAAAUGAUAACAACUGCAUCUGCUAUACCACGCCUCGGUUUACCUCAAUAUGAAUGGUGGUCAGAAGCUUUGCAUGGUUUAGCGUUUUCACCUGGUGUCUCAUUUAACGGAAGCAUUUCAGCAGCAACUUCAUUCCCCAUGCCAAUUAAUUUCGGCGCUUCAUUCAACAUGCGUCUAGUUCAUCGUAUGGCGAAUAUCAUAUCGACCGAAGCACGAGCAUUCAAUAACGAAGGUCAAGCAGGUUUAACUUUUUUCACACCUACAGUAAAUAUAUUUCGAGAUCCAAGAUGGGGCCGUGGUCAAGAAACUCCAGGCGAAGAUCCAUUUCUUGUAGCAGAAUAUGCCUAUGCAUUAGUACAAGGUUUACAAGGUGGUGAAGAUGCACGUUAUUUGAAAAUCGCUGCAGAUUGUAAAGCGUAUAAUGCGUAUGAUUUAGAAAAUUGGAAUGGCACCGAUCGUUUUCAUUUUAAUGCGAUUAUUAGUGAUCAGGAUUUAGUUGAAACAUAUUUACCACCAUUUGAAAAGUGUAUUCGAGAUGCACGCGUGGCGAGUAUUAUGUGCAGUUACAACUCAAUUAAUGGAAUACCAAAUUGUGCCAAUCAAUUUGAACUGGAGAUAUUGGCACGAGAAUCAUUUCAUCUUGAUGGCUUUGUUGUUAGCGAUUGUGGAGCAAUAUCAACCAUUAUGUACACACAUAACUACACAUCGACUGUAGAGGAAACAGUCGCUGUUGCACUACACGCCGGUACGGAUCUCAAUUGUGGUUAUUUCUAUUAUAAUUACACGAAGCAAGCACUUGAAAAACAGACAAUUGUUGAAGCAGAUAUUGAUCGUGCACUAGAACGUACGUUUAAUAUUUUAAUUCGACUCGGUUGGUUUGAUCCUCCUGAACAGCAAUAUUAUCGACAGCUAACAAAAGAUGAUGUUGAUACACACGAAGCACGGCAGUUGUCGCUGGAAAGCGCUCAAGAAAGUAUUGUGUUACUGAAGAAUAUGAAUCAAUCAUUGCCAUUAGAUCGCGAUCGCUUACUCAAUAAGAGAAUUGCUUUGAUUGGACCGACAGCGAAUGCAACAGAACUCAUGCAAGGAAGUUAUUUCGGUAAAGCUCCAUUUCUUAUCGACCCAGUAACAGCGAUAAAAGUGUUAACAACAGGAAAAUCGAUUGAUGUACAAUUCGUCAUUGGUUGUAAGAUAAAUGGUUCAGACGAAAGUGGCUUUUCAGCAGCUAUUGAAUUAGCUCGAACAGCGGAUGUCGUUAUUUUCUUCGGUGGACUUGACCAGACAAUCGAAGGUGAAACGAUCGAUCGUGUGUCGAUUGCAAUGCCUGAUAUUCAACUGAAACUUUUACAACAACUUGAAAGAGUUGUUCAAUCGCCCAUUCAUGUCGUGAUUAUGUCCGGUAGUGGUUUAGAUUUAACGUAUGUUCGUGAUUCACCUCGAUUCGGUAGUCUCAUUUGGAUGGGUUACGCUGGACAAUCUGGUGGUUUAGCAAUAGCAAAUGUUAUCUUUGGCGAAUACAAUCCCGCUGGACGUUUACCGAUUACGAUAUAUCCAGCGUCGUAUGUCGAUGCUGUUAGUAUGUUUGACAUGCAAAUGCGACCAUCGAAAAGUAAUCCCGGUCGAACGUAUAAAUUCUAUACAGGUGAAGCUGUUUAUGAGUUCGGCACUGGCCUUUCCUAUACAACGUUUCGUUACUCAUGGAGCAAUAAUACAGCGCAACGAUCAUAUUCAAUAUCCUCAUUGAUUGAAAACAAGAAUGAUGCACAUCGUGUUCUUAUUCGAUUAUUUCGCGUGAACGUGACUAACAUCGGUACGAUGCCGGGUGACGAUGUAAUACUGGCAUUUGUCAAAGCAUCGAAUACAGUCAUCAAUGAAUCAAUCUUACCGAUCAAACAGCUGUUCGGUUUUGAUCGUAUUCAUUUAGGGAUCAAUGAAACAAAAGAAGUUUUCUUUCCACUCAAUGUCGAACAUUUAUUAAUCGUUGAACAAGACGGGACAAAAUGGCUCUAUCCAGGUACAUACAAUGUACUCAUCGGACAACAGCUUGUAUAUGCAAUUGAAUUGUAUGGACCAUUUAUUCAAUGGCAAUCAAAAAGACAGUUUUCAUCCUCAUGA